AUGGCUCUUACAAAGAACAAAUUGUAUUACCCAAUGAAAACACAACAACAAACAUUUUCACCGUUAAUUAUCCCAAUUAGUAUUAUUAGUGCAUUAUUACUGAUUGGUUUAGCACUUGCUUUAGGUCUGGGUAUCGGACUUCGACCAGAAACCAAUGAAAAUUUAACAAUAGGCACAAGAACGAGUACAAGCUUUCAAUAUCAACGACAAGUUCCUCGGAAGUUACCACAAAAUUAUACAUUUUAUUCUUUUAUUUACGCAACCCAUGCUGGACGUACAUCAGCUAUAUUGACAUUUAGUCUAAUAAACUAUCCAAGUUUUUGGUAUUUGGAUGAUAUUUCAGUAAAAUCAGUUUCAGAUGGUAAAGAACUGUUAAAAGAUGGUGGUUUCGAGUCAGGAGCAUCCUUUUCAGCACGGACAUAUUGUAACCCAAGCGGGGAGCUAACUGGGGGACAAAUUACAAACUACAGUUCACACACUGGUUCAUAUUGUUAUCGAGAUGGCGCAAUGGACAAUGAUGACUAUCUUUCUCAAAUAUUUCCAAUAGCUAGUGGUCAAAAGUAUAAUAUUAGUUUCUGGCUGUCAUCUAGAGGUGGCAGUAUGAAUGAAACAGUACUAGCUCAAAUAACAGUACAAUCUUGA